CAGCCACAGCGCGUAAGGAUCCACCAUAAGGAUCCACCCAAAUUAUUACUUUCAUUUCAACUAGUGGUGUAGCCUAUGUAUAAUACAAUAAUGGCGUCGCCACUAACGCAGAGUAACAACAGAUCACUUUCCUUCACUGGAUCUGCCGCGUUAAUCUUUGAGGAAAUAUGAAAAUGAAGCAUGUCUCUAUUUCUUUUCAUACUGUUGGCGUGCUUACGUCUGCAUGGUGUGUUUGGUGUUGAUACAGAAGAAGUGUCAGUGAUGGAGGGAGAUUCAGUCACUCUAAACAUUGGUGUUCAAACAGACCAAGAAGACAGAAUUAUAUGGUAUUAUAAAGGCAUUCGCAUCGCUGUAAUCAGUGGAGAUCACAGUUAUACCUGUACAGAUGUUCAGUGUAAUAAAGGAAAUGAGAGAUUCAGAGCCAGACUGGAGCUGGAUCAUCAGACUGGAUCUCUGACCAUCAUGAACACCAGAAUCACAGACUCUGGAGAAUAUACACUAGUGAUCUUCAGCAGAUUCAGCGACAGUGAGAAGAUCUUCAGUGUUUCUGUUCAUGGUGUGUUUGGUUUUGAUACAGUUAAAGUGUCAGUGAUAGAGGGAGAUUCAGUCACUCUAAACACUGGUGUUCAAACAAACCAACAAGACGGAAUUAUAUGGUAUUAUAAAGGCAUUCGCAUCGCUGUAAUCAGUGGAGAUCUCAGUAAGUUCUGUACAGAUGUUCAGUGUAAUGAAGGCACUGAGAGAUUCAGAGACAGACUGAAGCUGGAUCAUCAGACUGGAUCUCUGACCAUCAUGAACACCAACCUUGAAGACUCUGGAGAAUAUACACUAGUGAUCAGCAACAUCUUCAGCGACAAUGAGAAGAUCUUCAGUGUUUCUGUUCAUGGUGUGUUUGGUUUUGAUACAGUUAAAGUGUCAGUGAUGGAGGGAGAUUCAGUCACUCUAAACUCUGGUGUUCAAACAAACCAUCAACACAAAAUUAUAUGGUAUUAUAAAGGCAUUCGCAUCGCUGUAAUCAGUGGAGAUCUCAGUAAGUUCUGUACAGAUGUUCAGUGUAAUGAAGAUAAUGUGAGAUUCGGAGGCAGACUGAAGCUGGAUCAUCAGACUGGAUCUCUGACCAUCAUGAACACCAACCUUGAAGACUCUGGAGAAUAUACACUACUGAUCAGCAGCUUCUUCAGCAACAGUGAGAAGAUCUUCAGUGUUUCUGUUCAUGAUCCAAAUUCAGAUUCGACUCCAUUCCUGUCAAGACUACAGGCAGUUGUUGUUGUUUCUGUUUCUGCUGGUGUUAUUGCUAUUCUGCUUAUUGUUGCUGUGAUUUGCUGUUGCAAGUGCAGAGCAAGAAGGAAAGCUAACAGGACGAAGCGCGGUAGACAGGCAAGCGGAGCUGAAGACUCGUCCCCUGAUCAGAGAAACACUUUUCUGAUGACGGAUCUCAGUGACUCGAACCUUCAUCAGGCUGAGGCGGCCAACGAGACGCCUUCAUAACUUAUUAUUUUGAUACUUUCAUUAAAAGAGAACUUGAAGAGAAGAGAAGAAACUCACAGAGAAAGAGUGUCACGAUACCAAGAUUUCCUGUGUUGGCACCAAUACUAGUGAAAAUUCACCUUGACACCAAUUUUAACUAAAUCAAAAUAGUUCAUUUUUUUUAGUCAUUUAAAUAAUAAGUAGCCUAAACAUAUUUUACAAUAUGCAAACAAUGCUUGAGAAAAGGCAAAUGGUUCAUUAGUAAGAAACAGAAGAACAUUACCUCCAACAGGACAAAGAGCGCUUGAGGAUUUUCAUGGUAUUUAAAUGUUUAUUAAAGCUGCUAAAUUGAUUCAGACAGAAACAGUAAGUGGUUUCUCUGUAAUCAUUAAAGACCCCCUGAAAUCAUAAUUGAAGUUUUUUAGCUUUUAGUAUGAAUGUUAGCCUUAAGGUUUGAAGCUAGUGUGUUCCAAAACAAUGACAAAAUUCACAUUUAUGAGAUGUAAGCAUUCAAAACGUACAGUCUCUCACUUCUGUUAAAAUGGAUCAGGGAUUUUUAGGACAUCAUCAUAGACAUCAGCUUCUCAUCACAUCUUCUGUCCAAUCAAAUGCUCUCUAAAAACUAAAGCUCCGCCCCCGCGCUAUAAACACUAACUGGCCAAAGCGACCAUUGACACAUCACGGAGAAACAUGGGUUAGGCCGUGUGCGUUUUUCCACGCGCCUGGUGUUUGUUUUCAAUGGGAGAGCCGCGUUUUUAGAACGCCAUGAGCGUAACGAGGCGCUGAACGUUUUUUUUUCACGCUGAAGCGCUGAGAGCUCGCGAUUUUACUGGUCGCCGCGAGUUGAAAAAUUUUCAACUUUUGGUAAAACGCAGCGCUCAUCAUUGUCACCAGUCACCAGCCGUCCAAUCACAGUGGA